CGACGAGAACCAUCGAUCAGAGGAACCUGCCAGAGAGGCGACGUGGCAACCAUGAGCUCGGCGAUGGCGCGGAUUAAUGAGCUGCAAGCGGAGUAUGACCGCACGCAAAAGAACAAGGCGACGAUGAAGCACUUGUGUUUGAUCAAGGCUAAGAUCGCCAAGCUUCGUCGCGAAGUGUUGGACGGGGGCAAGUCUGGCGGCGGCGGCGGCGCCGGCGAAGGGUUCGACGUGAACAAGUCGGGGGACACACGCGUUGGUCUUGUCGGUUUUCCGUCGGUCGGCAAGUCGACGCUGCUGACAAAGCUGACAGGGACGUUUUCUGAAGCGGCGUCGUACGAGUUUACCACGUUGACGGCCAUUCCCGGGACAGUCAACUACCGCGGCGCGCGCAUUCAAAUUUUGGAUUUGCCUGGUAUUAUUGAAGGUGCCAAGGACGGCAAGGGUCGCGGCCGACAAGUCAUGGGGACGGCGCGGACGUGCAACGUGAUCCUCAUGGUGCUGGACGCCAUGAAACCGGCGACGCACAAGAAGCUCAUCGAGCACGAACUCGAAGGAUUCGGCAUUCGGUUAAACAAGAAGCCGCCUAACCUUGUGCUGCGCAAGAAGGACAAGGGCGGGCUCAACUACACGGCGACGUGCGAGCAGAGCGAGCUCGAUCAAGAGACCGUUGCGCAAAUCCUAAAGGAGUACAAGAUUCACAACGCCGACGUGACGCUGCGCGAGGACGUGACCGCCGACGAGCUUAUCGACGUCAUCGAAGGCAACCGCGUGUAUAUUCCGUGUCUGUACGUGUUGAACAAGAUCGAUCAGCUCACGAUCGAGGAGCUCACCAUCAUCGACCAGCUGCCCCACAACGUGCUGAUUUCUGCCCACCACGGGUGGAACCUGGACGAGCUGCUGGAAAAAAUCUGGGACUACGCCAACAUGAUUCGCAUCUAUACCAAGCCAAAGGGCCGACAGCCCGACUACGACGCGCCGGUCAUUUUGCACGACGCGGCGCCGACCGUCGAGGACUUCUGCAUGCGUUUGCACAAAGCCAUUCUGAAGCAGCUCAAGUACGCCAACGUGUGGGGGCUGAGCGUCAAGCACCAGCCGCAAAAGGUCGGGAAGGAGCACGUGCUGAUGGACGAAGACAUUGUUCAGCUUGUCAAGAAAAACUAACGCCGCUAACAAAAACGAGUGACGCCAUCUUCAAUCGCACGAUGGCUUUCCUGACUGGGGACGCCGCGU